AAUCACAGCUGUUGUGAUCUGUGUAGACGUGACACAGUAACUGAUUCUGAAAAACAUCAGGCAAACAGCACAGUACUUCAGUUACUGGUCAAGAUGAGAGGCUUACUGUUCCUGCUUAACGCUCUGUUCCUGCUGGAGUCAGCAAAGGGAAUGAUAUAUGAUGAGUUAAAUGAUAAUGACAGAAAAAUUGUUGACAAGGCAAUAGUACAAGCCAAUCAGGAUUAUGGAAAUGGCAAACACCUUGACUUUUUCACCAUUGUCAAUAAAAAUAACAAUAUGGUCAAUGUGGUACUGAGACCCACCUCAUGUGACAGCACAACACCGGGAGUCCAUCGGAAAGAAUGUAGCCUUCACAAUAAGCCACCUCAGGUUUCCUGUAUUGACUGUGAAGGAACCAUGGAACGAUGUUUACUUCUCAAACAAACGAAAGAGGUAAAUCACAUAUUACUAUAUUAGUCCAUGGGGACAUAAACCU